AACAGCGGAGCGGAAUUCAAAUUUUCAAAACCGACCGGGUCCUGUUUGGCACGCAAUGUUUAUGUUGAUAUUACGUUAGAGACACUUUUAACAGAACUAUGGAUGCGGAGGAAAAGCAGGCGAGGAAAGAGCCCGGCUCUUGCUCAAAAGGCAAAGCGUUCGACGUUCCAAAGGCUCCUUCAAUCGAUGACUUCGUUGUUUUGAAGCCCAUCAGCCGCGGCGCUUUCGGAAAGGUUUAUCUAGCGCGCAAGAAAUGCAAUGGCCGGUUAUAUGCUGUCAAGGUGAUGAAGAAAGCGGAUAUGGCUGACAAGAAUAUGAUGGGGCAAAUGAAGGCCGAACGAGAUGCUUUGGCUUUAAGCAAAAGCCCAUUUGUGGUGCACCUGUUCUACUCCCUUCAGUCUGCCGCAAAGAUUUAUUUGGUAAUGGAAUACCUCAUUGGCGGAGAUGUGAAAUCCCUCCUUCACAUUUAUGGAUAUUUUGACCAGGAUAUGACUGUUAAAUAUAUUUCUGAGGUUGCAUUGGCAUUAGACUAUCUACAUCGCCAUGGUAUUAUCCACAGGGACUUGAAGCCAGACAACAUGCUUGUAUCGAAUGAGGGCCACAUCAAAUUAACAGACUUUGGCCUUUCCAAAGUCAACCUUGAUAGAGACCUGAAUCUUGUAGAUAUCCUGACAACACCAUCCCUGGCAAAGCCAAAGAAAGACUACUUCCGUACCCCUGGCCAAGUCCUGUCCUUAAUCAGCUCCCUUAGAUUUAAUAUGCCUGCAGUCGAACGCAAAUGCCACUGCAGUGCAUCGGCAAUGUACAGUCCCAUGUCCUGCAACAAAGUAGACCAAAAGAACAACUCUCUUUGUUCGCCCUCGAUGAAGACGAAGAAAGAGCCCCUUCACUCCCCGGUUUGCUACUCUCAGAAACUGGGAGCUAUCAAUAGUGUGUUUAGCCCCCAUACACUGGCCAAGAAUCUGACUCCCACCUUGCUGAAGACCAGGGGGAGGUAUGAGACAAUGAGUGCAGCCAGUACUACUGACUCUGAAGCUGGAGUCAGUCCGCUAUGGGAGUGUGAGGAGAAAGAGAAUGAACAUGUUGAUGAAAAUAGAAUGAGCGGGAUAUCACUGACAUCAGAAACAAAGAGAGGACCAGUAAACUCUAAUAUGAAAGUUACUGACUGGGACUGUCCUCUCACACCAUCUGACAAGUUUAAAUUUCCUGUUGAGGCCAGCAGAGGACAUUCUGAUGCCAUUCCUGGGGAAUUUUCAAAAAAGAGUAUCAUGGAUAUUCCUGCAAGAAUGACACCUCACCACAACAACAUGGAGCCGGUUGUCAUUCCUCAAGAUGUAAAUUUUGGACCACUGACUGAGAGCAGUCAGACAGUCAAAGCUCCAUCUGCGAAGAGGGCAUUUUCAGAUGUGGAAAAAAGCACAGAGCCACUGGAGAUCCAAGCCAAAAAGUGUAAUGCAAACUAUAAGAUCCCAGAGGCGGAUGUAAGGCUUCAUUCGGGCCUGACUGAAGUGUUUUCCACAGUUGACCUACAUGACUUCAGGCCCUCUGCUGAGGGGAGUGGAUUUACUAAAGAACAGAUCCCACAACUCUCCAGUCCUAUUCCUGUAGCCAAGAGUCUCUUCAGUGAACUAGAAGAGCCAGGACAGGAUGUUUUUGUAGAUGGCAACUACAAACUUGAAAAUUCAUUUGGCAGCAAUUGCCAGGAGCUCUGCAGGCGCUUAAGCCUCGACUCUGAUGAGUCUAUGCAUGAAAUGUAUAUACUUGUCAACAGCCCUGCUCUGCAGAAGUCAAGACGGCGUUCAAGAGUGAGGCAUUCAACAUUGUCUGAGGAACUAGAGGACAAUAGAGACUCAGUCCUUACCAAAUCACUGCCCCUGACCCUUAGUACUGCCAUUAUGGAAACCCCCAAACUUGGUGGUUUUGUGCAGCAAGGUGAGCCCAAGUGUUCCAUCCUCAACCCACUUCCUGAGCUGGCCUGCGGUGUCACAUCAUCACCCUCAUUGUUCAGGCCAAGAAACGGUGUUGUGUUCCGUAGCUACUGUAGCUCCAUCGACCGCUCCAACAUGUCCACCAAAUCACGUUUAAGUGUGGGGUCCAUAGAUGCUAUGGAUGUGUCAACAUCUACUUCAUACAACACCGUACCGGCAGCAGUUACACCAGUGCCGAAAACCCCCAACUCCAACAGCUCCCUCUAUCAGACUCCGCAGCCGAUGAGGACCUCCCAUACCCCAUUCAGGACACCAAAGAGUGUCCGUAGAGGUGCUGUGCCUGUUGUGGAUGCGCCCAUUUUAGGGACCCCUGACUAUUUGGCUCCAGAACUUCUUUGGGGAAAGCCACAUGAUGCCAUGGUGGAUUGGUGGUCUCUAGGUGUGUGUCUUUUUGAGUUCCUGACUGGUGUGCCCCCUUUCAAUGAUGAGACGCCUCAACUGGUUUUCCAGAACAUUCUUAACAGAGACAUCCCUUGGCCUGAGGGAGAUGAAGAGUUGUCUGAAAAUUCCAGAAAUGCCAUUGAAAUUCUGUUGACCAUGGACGUGAAAAAAAGAGCUGGCCUUAAAGAAUUGAAGCGUCACCCUCCGUUUGAGGGCUUAGACUGGGACAACCUCCAGAACCAGGAAAUGCCCUUCAUUCCCCAGCCGGUCGAUGAAACGGAUACAUCAUAUUUUGAAGCAAGAAACAACGCUCAGCACCUCACUGUGUCUGGCUUCAGCCUCUAA